CACCCAACCCCCCUUCCCACACACAAGCUUCAAUGUGUUACAGACAACCCCACACAGUGCUAAGGGCAACAUGUAAUAUUACUCAGUCUCUUCCACGGCUGACUUCAUCUUCCCUCGUCUUUUGGCUGAACGCUGAUUCAUCUACACGCAGUACUCAGCCACGCCGUAGAGCAACCACCAUGCUGACGGAGGCGCUGUUGGGGAUCCUUCUCCUUGUGCUGCUCUUCUCUUUCGUCAACAAAAGACCCCCAAAUCUCCCACCAGGGUUAUGGGGCCUGCCAAUAAUAGGACACCUUCCCUCCAGCGAAAUCCCUCUGCAUGACCAAUUACAGAUGCUUAAGAAGAAAUUGGGUAACAUCAUCUCAUGGCGCAUGGGGAGCCGCAUCUUCAUCUUCUUCUGCGACUACAAGACCAUCAAGGCCGCUUUCUCCAAACCCGAGUUCUCUGACAGACCGGACUUGUAUAGCUUCACUGUCUUCAACCGAUUCACCGAGACCGGCAUAAUCAUCUCCAACGGACAAAUUUGGCAAAACAACCGUCGGUUCACCCUCCGCCACCUGCGGGACCUGGGCAUGGGCAAGACCCGCCUGGAGGAGGCCAUCCAGCGCGAGGCCGUGUGUCUGGUCGAUGACUUCGAGAGGCACGCAGGCCGGCCGGGUCCGCUGCCUUGGUCCAUCAACGUGGCGGUCCUCAACGUCAUCUGGCAGAUGGUUGCGAACCGACGACAUAACGUGAACGACUUCGAGAUUCAAAAACUGAAUAAGCUCACCAGUUCAUCCUUCGAGGACUUCCAAGGUAUCAAGUGGUUUGAUUUCAUGCCGUGGCUGGUGCCCAUCGUGCCUCAUUUCCUCAAGCGGUGGACGGGCGUCGUCGAACUGACUGACAAGAUACAGGUGAUCAGUCAGCGUAUGGCGGAGCACGUGAAGGAGCACCAGGCGACGCUCGACCCCGAGAAUCCCCGAGACUACAUCGACGCUUACCUGCUCGAGAUGGAAGCCCAGAAGGACGACCCAAACUCUACCAUGAGCAUUGAAGAUUUGUUGUGCUGCCUGUCCGACCUGUUCAACGCCGGCAGCGAGACCACGUCCUCCACCAUCCGCUGGGCCAUCUACUUCCUGGCCAAGUUCCCUGAAGUCCAAGCCAGAGUGCAGAAGGAGAUUGACUCCGUGGUUCCGAGGGACGUUCUUCCCUCCAUUCAACAGAGGGCCAGCAUGCCAUAUCUAGAAGCUGUUACUCUAGAUGUUCACCGACUAGCGUCUUUUACUCGCAUUGGAGUUUACCACAUGUGCUCCAGAGAUACACAGUUCGAAGGCUACGUAAUCCCCAAAGGUGCUAUUUUGGCUGCCCACCAGGAAGCCUGCCACACGGACCCCGCCUUCUGGGAGAAGCCUUACGAACUGUACCCCGAGCACUUCCUCGAUGACCAAGGGAAGAUUCUCACCAAGAAGGAGGGCUUCCUGCCGUUUGGUGUUGGUCGCCGCCAGUGCCUCGGGGAGUCGCUGGCCCGCAUGGAGCUCUUCGUCUUCCUCUCCGCCCUCCUGCAGAACUUCACCUUCUCGGCUCCCGAGGGCAAGGGCAUCUGCGUAGACAAGGACCCUAAAUUGCCACUCCUCAAUUUACCCAAGCCAGUCGAUAUCCUCAUUACGAAGCGGAAGUAGGAGGAGGUCAAAGAAGAGGGUUUUAUGGGUCUUUUCGUUCACUAAAUGCUGUUAAAAUCUGUCUUUCUACUAGCACAUCCAUAAAUCCACUUUGUCACUCACGUUGAUUAACGUCAGUGAAGAAAAAAUGUACUUAAUCCUAAUAAUAAAAAAUUAAAAAAAUCA